GGAACUUCCUUCCUCGCCUGGUCCAACAAAAAAAAAAAACACACACUCAGCUGGAGGCCUUUAUAAAUGGAGACUAUGUUCAGCUCUCAGUCACUGGAUCAGAGUCGGAUCGUCGAGCACAGAGUUUCACACCAUCGUGGGUUUUUCUAACAUCGACAUCAUGACUCCUACAACACAAGCUCUGCUGAUUUGCGUGGUUUUCCUCUGCGGGCUGGAGGACGCGGUGCUCGCCCUGCGCGGACACUGCGACGACAAUCGGUGUUUUGUGCUUUUACGCCAAUCCGAGGACUUUCCGGGGGCGCAGAGAAACUGCAGUGGCACGGGGGGAAAGUUGCUCACGAUCAGCUCUGAACAAGCGGAGGAGACAUUAACGGGUCCACUGAGCGGGGAAAACGGGAGUUACUGGCUGGAGCUGCAGGGCACCGGCAAGAAGCCAGAGGAAGCCCCGGCAGAUCUUGGAAACUGCUCCUCCGUCUCCAUGUCGGGGGAAGGGAACAUCCUGGUGUCCGCGAAGCCGUGUCGCAACGUACUGGACGGGUUUCUGUGCCAGUACACGUUCGAGAAGCCUUGCAGUCGCAUCGAGGCGGACGGGGGAGCACAGGUGAGGUAUAGUACUCAAAUGGGGUUCGACGUCAACGAUUCUGAAGCGUUUCCACCAGGAACCUUCGCUGUGGCGGAGAAGGUCGGUGGGAAAUAUCUGGACUCGAAACAUUUGUGUGCCUUUGGGUUGUGGAUGCGCGCUCCCUGGAACUGUGAGGUGUUUAAGGGAGGGUGCGAGCACAGCUGCAACGAAACAACUGGCACCUGCAUCUGCCCCGAGGGACAAGCCCUCCACCCCAACAGCAUCACCUGCGCCGCGAAGCCGACGGGUGGCUUUCCUUCCGCUGUCCUUUCCUGCGCCAGUGGCCAAAAGCCGGCGCAGGACGGGAAACGCUGCGUGGACGUGGACGAGUGCAAGGAGGGGGAGGACCCGUGCACAGCCGAGGGCCAGGAGUGUCUGAACACGGAUGGAGGGUUCGAGUGCAGGUGCAGAGAUGGCUUCGAUUUGGAGAACGGGGCGUGCAUAGACGUGGCGAUCUGCUCAAGGUGCGAGCACAUGCAGUGCGUGAAGCCCACUGGGGUGUACGAGUGUGCGUGCAUGGACGGGUUCAGGGUGUCGGCCAAGGACCCCACCAAGUGCGAGCGACACUGCACUGAGAGAGACUGUGAGGCCGUGUGCACCGACGACGCAGAUGUGCAGAACCCGGAGAUGCGACACUGCGAAUGCCCCGAGGGCUACAUCAGAGACGGCAAGGCCCUUUGCACGGACAUCGAUGAGUGCGAGACGAAAAGGAUGUGUGACCACAAGUGUGAAAACACGUUCGGUGGUUUCAGGUGUUCGUGCUUCGAGGGCUUCAGGCUGCAGGGUGACUCCAUGUGUGGGCCAACCGAGGACGUGGAUGAGGGUGGGUCAGGCGCUCCUCCUACACAGCCCAUACCGGCCACCGCUCACCCAGCCGCGGUGCCCUCCUACAUCAGGACCGGCAGCGUCCUGGGCAUCACCGUGUUCAUGGCACUGUGCGCGGCGCUGCUGUGUCUGCUGGUGCAUACCAUGGUGAAACGCUGCGGCAGGUUCGAGCUCUCCUCCUUCAGACGUCCAGACAUAGAUGUUUUCUACCUGCAGCAGGUGACCACGGAUACCUACAAGAGGCUGUCCUUCGACAAACAGUUUAAAAGUGACUUGCAAAGACUGUGAUGUGGAGUUGGCAUAUGGAACUUUUAUUUUUCACACUUAUCCGGAAGGCGGUCAUAAGAAUAUUUUACAGCAGCGAUGUAUGAGGUGAAAUAAGACUUUAAGGAGAAACCGCUUCAUGCUUCCUGGAUAUGUAACAGAUUUCUAUAUGGAAUUGGCUGUAAAUUAGCUUCAUGGUUAUAAAAGUUCAUCAAUUAUGGAUUUCCUGCAAUCAGACCAAUAUAUAUCAUACAAGGUGAUGUUACAACAGUGUCAAGUAAUGGUACUAAAAAGUAAGAGGGGUCAGUUUAAACAUUUUAAAUGCACUCAAAAGUAAAAGUACCACAUACGUAACACAAUAAGCUCCUUACAUUUUAUUAGAUAAGAAAGUACAGAUAUUUGCUGAUAUAUGUAGCAGAAUAAAAGCUUUUUAUAUUUAAUUCUUUAUAGCACAAAAUGUGCCUUCGUCUUUGCUCAACAUUUUUACAUUGCAUUUAAUGUGUUAUUACACAUAUCAGCUGUUUUACUGUAUUUCAUCUUUCUAUAAGGCCACACUGGAUGUAUUAUCGAUUAAAAAAAGCCCAAAAGAAGAAGAAAGUCUCUCCAUAGUUAGCACUGACAUUGGACCACCACUGUUAGUUUUAAUAUUAACUGGUUCCAUGAAUCAUGCAUGGCCGCCGGCGUAGAGGUCUUUAUCAAAACAGCCCAGGACCAUUCAUGCCCGUUGGUUUAUUCACAUUCUGGAAUUUUCACUAAAAUAACUGACAUCAGGAGCUUGAAACCUAUGGCUGGGUUCCCUCUAACCAUCAUAUUACACAAAGAGAAAUAGAAAAGUAGAAUAUAUUUGAAAUUUGAAAUUCCCAAAUUCUGUUUCAGAUAUGUUUAGUGAAGAUUAAACUGUGAUUCUUCAUGUCAUGACUUGUAAAAAAGACCUGAUUUUACAUCCCCGGGAAAAAAUCAUAAUUUAUGAGUAAUGAGCUGUAAGAAGUGUAUUAUGAAUAGUUGAAUAAGUCUACUGUGCAAAUCUAUCACACUGAUGAUGCAGAGAUGUUGCACAAGCUGUACUUUAGCAUGAAGCUGUAUGUUAUUCACUGUGUACCCGGCUGCUGCUGACAGAUCUGCUAAACACGAAUGUAAAACUGUGCUGCUAACGUCUAUUUAUGUAACAGGAAACACACAUGCACCCCCUGAUGCACCCAGUCUCUUUGUCUGUAUAACAGGCUUUCUGCAAGAUUGUUUUUUUUAUAUUUUGUGAUUUAAUGAUAAUGUAAAAAAAACAUUGCAGCUAAAGGUUGUAUUCUGAUUAUUCUCCAGGACCAGGGGAUUUAUUUUUGUUUGGGUGAUAGUCCGAGGUGAGGUAUUUAUUCAUUCUUUUAUUCAUUGAAUUAUUCACGUUUUCCUUUUUUCUACACCCAAAAGAUUUCUUUCUAGCUUUUAUUUCAGUUCAUUUUCCUCCACUGGCUUCUGUUGACCUCUACUUGCAGAUUUAACUCACAAAAAGCUGCUGUUUAUUACAUUUUUUUACUGUUCUACUAUUUCCAUUUAGCUGACUAAGACAAAUGACCAACAUUGUUCUAAAUUUCCCACGGGAUUAAUAAAGUAUCCAUCUAUCAUCUACA